AGUAUAGCAAAGCAAGAAGCAGGGAGUACCGAAGAACCACGUUUGUGUGUUGCAGUGUCGCAUGUGUCAUCUAAAGUUUGUUACUCGCACAAGAUAGCAUUAGUUCUUACUCUUACUUACUCGUGCUUACAAAAUAUGGAUAUGGAAGUGGAAAACAUUGAAAAUAUAGAGGAUGUAAAACUCGAUAAUAUAUCGAAAGUGAAAAGAAAAAAACGUGGAAUUGUAUAUUUAUCUAAUAUACCUAAAUACAUGAAUAUCACGAAAAUUCGUGAAUUAUUUUCUAUAUACGGAAAAGUUGAAAGAAUCUAUUUACAGUUAGCAGAAAAUGAACUAGGACGGGAUGAUAAAACAAAGAAACGAAAGAAAGUUGGUACAAGGUUGUUUACAGAAGGUUGGGUUGAAUUUGAAAGUAAGACAGUAGCAAAAUAUGUUGCGACUAUAUUGAACAAUACACAGAUCUCAUCUAGAAAAAGAAGCAAAUUUUACGAUGCUAUUUGGAAUAUAAAAUAUCUACCAAGAUUCAAGUGGAUUCACUUAAGCGAACGUUUAGCUUAUGAACGAGCUGUACAUAAACAAAGAUUACGAACUGAAAUUGCACAGGCAAAACGAGAAGCAAACUUCUAUUCGCACAAUAUCGAUAGAAGUAGGAAGCUACGUCAAGUACAAAAAGAUGGACAUAGUAGUUUUAUACCGCCUGAGAUAAAACAGAGGGAUACCGAUGUUGAAAUUAGAAGCAAAAAGGAAAACGAACCUGUAACAGAUAGAACAGAUUUCUUAAAAUCCUUAUUCGGAUGAAAUUUUUUUAUCAGGAAAACAAGUACAGCAUUUACCAAUAGGCAUCCUUUAUCUAUAUUUAAAUAAUAAAUUCGUUGCAAUUAUCAUUUGAUCAAAGAACAAAUGCCUAAUUAUCUUGUAACGUGUUCUUUUAUUUUUCGUAUCUUCUGAUAUAAACAAAAUAAGGUACUACAAUUGUUCUACGUAAAUUAACGAAUGGAAUUUAUAGAAAUUAAAUGCUUAAUGUUCCAUUUGACAUUUAGCAUGAAAGUAUAUCACGAAAUUAUACAAAAUAAACAUUAAAUUUA